AUGUCCAAGUCCAAGAACCACACUGCCCACAACCAGAGCCGCAAGGCUCACCGUAAUGGUAUCAAGACGCCCCAAAGCCACAGGACGCGGUCUAUGAAGGGUGUUGACCCCAAGUUCCGCCGCAACGCCAAGUACGCGCUUGUCGGUUCGAGAAAAGCCCGCUUGGAGGCGAAGGAGUCAUAG